CACACGCGAGCACGGCUGUAUUUACUGUCCGACUUGGGGUGGAAAAAAAAUCUGCUGUCAAAAAAAAAAAGCAGCAUCACGAAAAUGUGAUUGUAACGUGAAGUAAUUAUAGUGGCGGCGAUUUCGGCGCUUCCAACCGUUACGAAAAACCUAACGUUAAUAGUCGUGGCAAAUAUAUAAGCAGCAGCGGUUUUAUAUGCGCGUCGUUCAGGAGUAAGAACAUGCGCUUGUGUGUGGCGGCUUGUCAAAUUGGAAGAUUGCGUUCUUUUGCUUAGUGUCAUUUUCUAGCUUAAGCAGGUUUCAGAUGUGACAGAAACGUGAGGAUACGUACGCGGUGUAAUGGCGAAAUAAUCUUCCUGCCAGCUUUUCCUCACAGUUCUCCUGCUGUCCAAACCCUGACAGCUGAGCUUGCUAAAUUGCUAGCCGAGGGCUUGUUUAUCAUCAUGGAUAGGGAGGCGUACCGUAACUGCAGCAGCCUGGUCAAAAUACCAAGGCAGUCAUAUGAACAGUUUUGGUCUUCACAUUUUGUAGAUUACAUCGACAAAGAGCUUAGCUAUUCCAAGUUUUUUAAGAAAUAUCUGCUCCCCAAUCACCCAUGUAUGUUUUCAAGGAGGUUCACAGAGGAGUGGAAGUGUAGAAAACAGUGGCUGACUGAGGAUGGAAAACCUAAUUUCCAGAAUUUGCUGCAAGAGUUUGAUGAGACUCCUGUCCCUGUUGCAAACUGCAAUGCAAAGGAGUACAAUGCCAACCCCAAACAAGUUAUGCCUUUCAAAGAAUUUAUACACUACUGGAAGGAGUACAUCCAGAAUGGACACUCAUCACCCAAAGGAUGCCUCUAUCUUAAAGACUGGCACAUGUCAAGGGACUUUCCUGAACAUAAUGUUUACACCACACCAGUGUUCUUUACUUCUGACUGGCUCAAUGAAUACUGGGACACACUCGAAGUGGAUGACUACCGGUUUGUCUACAUGGGACCUAAAGGGUCAUGGACCCCGUUCCACGCUGAUGUGUUCCGUUCUUACAGCUGGUCUGCAAACAUCUGUGGCAGGAAGAAGUGGCUUCUUUAUCCUCCAGGUCAGGAGGAGUUUUUACGAGACACUCACGGCAACCUCCCUUAUGAUGUUACGUCAGCUGAACUUCGAGACAGAGGCCUUUUUCCACACUUUGAAGAAGCCUGCCAACCCCUUGAAAUCAUUCAGGAGGCAGGGGAAAUCAUUUUUGUGCCUAGUGGAUGGCAUCAUCAAGUUUAUAACCUGGAGGACACCAUCUCUAUAAAUCAUAACUGGCUCAAUGGCUGCAACAUUGACAUAAUGUGGCAGUUCCUUCAGACUGAGUUGUCAUCUGUCCAGAAAGAGAUAGAUGAGUGGAGAAACACGAUGGACUCAUGGCAUCAGCACUGCCAGGUCAUUAUGAAGGCUUGCUCUGGUAUUGAUUAUGGGGAGUUUGCCUCGUUUUUGAAAAUCAUUGCUGACAACAGAAUGGCAUUCCUUAAUGCUUGCUCCUCUGGGGAUUCCUCCGAUUACUCGCGCCAUCUCUCAGAGAUCCUCACCACGCUGGGACCUUACCAUGCUGCCUUUGACCUACAAAGAGUAGCUCAUAUAAUUGAAUGCCUCCUGUGCAACGAAGACUUUAAGCGACUCGAUCAUUCGGCAUUGACUCUGCAGCCGGAAACCAUGUUACAGCAAAUUCGAGACACCAUACAGUCCACAAGAGGGCAGCAUCUCCUUUAUCAGGAAUAAUGUAUUCAGUGUAUCACCAUUGUCAUAGCCUGG